AUGUCGUUAACAAAUUGCCGUUUUUACGAGGAGAAGUUUCCUGAGGUGGACAGCUAUGUCAUGGUCAAUGUCAAGCAGAUUGCCGAGAUGGGCGCAUACGUGAAGCUGCUCGAAUAUGACAACAUUGACGGCAUGAUCCUGCUCUCCGAACUUUCCCGCAGACGUAUUCGCAGUAUCCAAAAGCUUAUUCGUAUUGGACGUAAUGAGGUCGUUAUUGUGCUUCGUGUCGACAAGGAGAAGGGUUACAUCGAUUUGUCAAAGCGUCGUGUCUCCCCCGAGGAUGUUGUUAAGUGCGAGGAGCGAUACAACAAGAGCAAGGCUGUGCACUCCAUCAUGCGCCAUGUCGCCGAGGCCACCCAGACCCCCCUUGAAGAACUAUACCAGAAGAUCGCCUGGCCGCUCGACAAGAAAUACGGUCACGCCCAUGAUGCAUUCAAGAUCUCCAUCUCCAACCCCGAGGUUUGGAACGAGAUCGAGUUCCCUAACGAGGUCGUGAAGAAGGAGCUGCAGCAAUACAUUAGCAAGAAGCUCACCCCCGCCCCCACUAAAGUCCGUGCCGAUAUCGAGGUUACCUGUUUCAGCUACGAGGGUAUCGAUGCCGUCAAGACCGCCCUGCGCACCGCCGAGAUCGAGAACACCCCUGAGAACCAGAUCAAGGUCAAGCUUGUGGCCCCCCCUCUGUAUGUCCUGACCAGUCAAUGUUUGGACAAGAACCUGGGUAUUCAACAGCUGGAGGCCGGUAUUAAGAGGAUCGAGGCUCAGAUCAAGGCGGCUGGUGGUAACUGCACCGUCAAGAUGGCUCCCAAGGCUGUUACUGAGCACGAUGACGCUAUUCUCCAGGAACUCAUGGAGAAGCGUGAGCGUGAGAACCAGGAGGUUAGCGGAGACGAGAGCGGCUCUGAGAGCGAUGAGGGUGUUCCUGAGUAA